AUGCAACUACUUUCCACACUAUUCCGUUCUUUGACUUUAAGCGCUCUGGGAGCGACCCUUUACUUGUAUUAUUAUACCGCCUUCUGCAGAUGGAAGUGGGAAGAUUCGGAAGCACGGAUUCUUUUCUUAGCCGAUCCGCAAAUUGAAGGAGAUGCGAAAAUAGAAAGACAAGGAAAAAGGGGUACACCAUUUCUUUCCGAUUCUCCAUGUGAAAUUGACUUAAUUGGCAAUGACAUCUACUUCCGACAUGUCUACACAUCAUUCGUAUCUCCUUAUUCUCUAUUUACGCGAAAACCUACACAUACCAUAGUACUUGGUGAUUUGUUCUCAAGUCAAUGGAUCGAUGAUCGAGAAUUUGAGAAGCGAGUGAAGAGAUACAAGUGGAUAUUUGGUGAUCCUAGAGGAGAGUAUGACCAUGAAUUUAUAAAUUUAACCGGGAAUCAUGACAUCGGCUAUAGUGGAGAUAUAUCUCAGCACAGGGUGGAUAGAUGGGAAAAGGAAUUUGGUAAGAUGAAUUUCAAUAGUUGGAUACCAUCUAUAGAAUCAACGGACAACCUGGAGAGCGUUAAAGUUCACAGGUUGGCCGUCGUAAAUUCUAUGAAUGUGGAUGGACCAGCUCAGAACGAGCAAUUACGUUCCGAAACAUGGUCCUUCCUUGACGCUUUGGCUGAAGAACGCGAACGAGAGGAUCACCAGAUACCGUUGAUUUUGUCGACGCACAUCCCGUUAUAUAAAAGAGAAGGGCUUUGCGUCGAUGGUCCAAUGACUCUUUUGGACGAGCACGAUUUCAUCAAAGAACAAAAUCAUCUGUCACAAAACGCAUCCCGAUUCAUUCUUACCAAACUCAAACCCAAAUUCAUAUUUGCGGGACAUGACCAUGAAGGAUGCGAUGUAACCUACGUCAUACGCACGAACGAAGGCAGAGAAGAUUCGGUGGAAGCUUAUAAAACAUCUGAUUUUGAGAUGAGAAAAAAAGAAAUUUUGGGUGUUAAUACAAGUCCCUUCUUUGAUGACGAAGGGAUUGAUUGGUUUGGGGGCGUGGAUGAAAAGACAUGGGUGGUCAGGGAGGUUACGGUGAGGUCAGUUAUGGGAGAAUUUGGAGGGAACGCAGGACUAUUCGAAAUUCAUAGAAGGAUUGGAAGUGAUGGAAAUGAAGGUAUUUUAUUUCGCAUUCUUUCAGCAAUUCACAUUGAAUAUUUCAAAUCUCUAAAAAGAAUCUUCAUAUCAUCAGGAUUCGAAUACAAUUAUUCCUCAUGUCCAUUCGUUGUAAAUCACAUACCUUGGAUAGUAGCUGUGAUAGACAUUGUAAUAAUAUUGGGUUGGGUUAUCAUGUGGGUGGGUUUUGGGAAAAUUGUCCGCAAAUUCAAAGCUUUUGUCCAUCACAAUUACCAUCAAUUACAACAAAAACAGCAAUCCCUGACAACCACGCAGACAAAAAAAAUGAUGAGACGAAAUAGCUUUAAAUUUAGCACCAAGAAUGUUUGCAUAAUGUAA